UCGACCACAUAGCGAUGGAGACAUUUUAAAAUAAACACCAAGCUAACUGCUGAUAGAGCUUCGAGCGCACUGCGUCAAAGCACACACAAAUAUCUUCCCUUUAUAAAGAUUAAGUUGAGUACAGCUCCGUACUCUGUUUGUGGUGCAAAUAAGGAAAAACAACCAUUUCCGAAAAUGACAAAAAGUCUGACGUCGAUGUACGAAUAACUAACGCUGUGCUGUUAGCUUCCUGUCCAGGCACAUUGGUCCAUCUUUCCUGGACCUUUGGGCUCUGGGCUUAACUCUCUCAAGAAAUGGCUGAUUCAGAAAAAGCAGAGGAAUUUUUGGAUGCUGUAUGCACCCCCGAGUCUCUCGAAGAAGCACAGACCGCUGCGGCUUCUGCUCAAGGAGAACAGGAUGAACAUCUGAAAACAGAGACGACUACUAGUACCAGUUCGCCCCCAAGGGAGAAGGAAGUGGACAGCCCCCUGAAUACUGAGGGAGAGCAAAGUCUCCUCUCAAUGCCAUGUCUAAUGAAGGAGCUUCGCCGGGACUCCCCAGAGUCUCAACAUGCCUCCACAGGGAGUGACAAGCCUGUGUCGCGUCACGUCUACGAAAGCGACUCCUCGAAUCCCUGCAUGUUGUCUCCUUCUUCCAGUGGCCACCUGGCGGACUCGGACACACUUUCCUCAGGGGAAGAAGGUGCUGCUCGUCCUGCCGGUGAAGAGGGCAGUAUGGAAGCUGCGAACGAUCCUGGCCAGUUGGAAAAAAGAGAGACAUCUGCCAUAGCUUCAGGGGGCAGAAAGUCUCGCCGGUCGCAUUCGGAGAGUGAAAUGCUUCCAAACGCGAUGGCCGCUAAGAAGAACCGCUGCCAGCCAACCGCAGUGGCGCCAGGGCAGGAAAAACAAACCAAUGGCAAGUUGGGAAAAGUGAAAGGUCACCGGAGUCAGAAACACAAGGAGCGCAUGCGUCUGCUGAGGCAGAAGCGAGAGGCGGCGGCUCGGAAGAAGUAUAACCUGCUGCAGGACAGCAGCACCAGUGACAGUGAGCUCACAUGUGACUCCAGCACCAGUUCCUCCGACGAUGAUGACACUUCCGGAGGAAGCAAGACAAUCAAGACAGAUAUUCCAGACGGGCCUCCGGUAGUGGGUCACUAUGAUAUUUCAGGCACUGAUUCUAACCAGGAGAGUAUGAGUGUGGAGACAGUCCGGCCUACGGUGAUAAGGCAUGAGCUAAAAACACACAGAGGCCAGGACAUGGCAGCACACUCUGGGUGUAUAAGAGCUCUGAGCUCGAUCUCAGGCCGUGUGGAGGCAGAGCAGCUGCACAAGGAGGGCUCUCAGCACAAAGGCCAGAUUAACAUUGCUUCCUCAGACAGUGAGGUGGAAAUUGUCGGCGUACAAGAGAACGCACGGUGCGCCCAUCCAUGCGGAGGGGUGAUAAAAAGUCUGUCUUCCUGGAAGGACAAUUCAGUGGAGCAGUUAAACAGCACAAAUCAAUCACAGCUCUGGACUAAUGUUUCCCCUCGCCCAAACUGGGUCUCCCCUCCCGAAGUGGUGGACCUGACGUUGGACGAGGACGGCGGGCACAAAUAUCUACUUUAAAAGCGUUCGCACGCCCCGCCUAGUCCAAUGUAGGCUGCAGCCUAGCCCUUACCUGCUUCUAAACUCCUUGUUAUCUUGGACUCCCAUUUUUAACUUCCUUGUUUAUUGAAGCCAUUCUACUGAUGUGAUUCCCAAAAUCCAUGCUCGGCAACUCCGACCUAGGUAUAAUAAAAUGGCGCAUUGCUGUGAGUGCGAAGUAAAACUCAAACAAGAGCGGGUUAUCUGUUCACAAAAGCAAUAUCCUCCCUUCGUUCAUUACCUCGGUCACUCCUGUAUACCUGAGUUGGGUAGUUUUUUUCUUUUUUUUUGUCUCUCAUGCUCGCAAGUUAAAGGAACGUUGCGCCUGCUGCUUUCUAUUUUGUUACACUGUCGUUGAUCUGCAUCUCUGCACACUUUGAGUGGGAUGUUUUCGAUCAGAUUCUUUUUUUCUCUCUUUUUUGAUGGCAUUCAAAAUCAAGCUGAAUCUGGCAUGCUUUUUUUUUAUUAUUAUUCAGCGUAAAUAUAUGACAACAGUACCUGAUGAAAAUAAGUUGGGGAGGGAGUUUAAUUUUAGAGGUCUCAACACUGGAUGUGCAUUCAGAUCAGUCGCUAUACACGCAGUUCACUUUGCACAGCGUCCAACACCGGCAUCGCCGCCUGCUCCAGUUUGUUCAGGAAGUGUUUCAGUCACACCUUAUGGGAAAUGUUGCAAAAAUUGUUGCGAGUCAAAUGAGAGGAUUAAUAACACCAGUGAUGUUUCGGCUCUGAUAGAUUUACAUCCAAGGUUAAUGUUUUUAAAACUCACCAAUCAAGACUUAUAUCUGGCACACAAGACCUUACUGUCAUAAUUGCAUAAUUUGACACAUGACUGAUCAGUUUGGGUUUUUUUUCCCAUCUAAACUUCUAAGACUGGUUGACAUUGGAGUGAUUGUCUGCUUCCAUUUAUAUAGAAAAACAAAAGUCUCUGUUCAGGCCUGGUGUGAACAUCUGUUCUGGCUGAUUCAGAUCUGAGUAGACGAGUUUAACGAGCUUUCACAGCCGAGAGACCUCAAUUACCUGCUUUAAAUGUUAAACCAAACGCAUCGCCAUGUCGCAGAGUGGGCUGAAUGUUGACGCUUCGCGAUAAAUCCCGUUAAUCACAUCAGCUACAGUUCAUCCAAUUAAAAUUAAUUUAGCCUCUGAAAAUCUACAUAUUGAGAUGUAGGUUAAAUAUGAGAGAAGAAGAGGGUAAAUAACGUUUGAGUCUACAAAAGUCAGCAUUUUAACUACAAAUCUGCCAGAGAUCGGAAUGAGCCUGUUUGCCUUUUAGUGGUCUUAAAUUGGUGAUUUGCAGGUCCGAUGCAGGGUAUUAAAAUUAUUUUGCCCCUAUUCAUUUAAUGCAUCAAAGAACUUGAAUUCUUUUCUCUUAGACGUAUCAACCAGCAAUACGUACUUCAAAGCAUGUCUGGCUUAAGAUCAGAUAACGGUUAAAGACAUACAGCUCUGGAACAAACUAAGAGACCACUUAAAAUGAUCAGUUUCUCUGAUUUAGCUUUUUAUAGCUAUAUGUUUGAGUAAAAUGAACAUUGUUCUUUUAUUCUUUGUACUACUGACGGCAUGUCUCUGAAAUUCCAACCAAAAAUCUGGGAUUUGUUUGCAGAAAAUGAGAAAUGGUCAAAAUAACCAGUGCUUUCAGACCUCAAAUAGUGCAAAAAAAAAAAAGUUCAUUUGGAAACAACAAAACUGAUGUUUUAAUUCAGGAGGAUUUCAGAAAUCAGUAUUUGGUGGAGUAACCAUGCGGCUUUCAAUGGGGUGCAGUGAUUACUUUCCAGAGCUGCAUACUUCCGUACAUCAAUGAUAAAACUGUAAUUACUACUUUUUCUGCUUUCAAAACUACUACCUCGGUCACAUAAGUUUUUGCUCUUUUUGUCUUGUAAUAUUUAGGGGGAAAAAAACUUUGAAUAGGUCAAACUCUAUAUCAGAAAACCUGAAAUUAGAGUCGAGGAAAAGCCUGGUUGAGUCAUCGCUAAUUUUGACCGCUCAAACAACGCCUCAGUGAAACGCCCAACUUCUUCACUAACAUCUGGUUAGUGCACACGGUUGUGAUCCUACACACACAACGCUACUUCAAAUUGAAUUGUCA